ACAUGGCUGACGACCUGUUUGAAGGCCUCCCUCCACCUUCUGCAAACCCUCCUCCUUCUUCUUCUGAACUUCAAGAACGGAAACCACCGCAGGAAGCGUUAAAACCACAACAAAAACGAAAAACAGCUACUUUUAACACCGACUCUUCUUCUUCUGCCGCUCCUGCUCCUGCUCCUGCUCCCCCAAAACCAAUUCUCAAAAGCGCCCUCAAGCGGCCUAAACCCUCUGAAUCAAACGCAGAAGAAGCCCCUGUAACUGAAAAGAAGUUGAGGUUUAAAACCACGACAGAUGCCUCAGAGAAGCAGGUCAUUGAGGCAAUGCAGAAAAUAGCAUCACAUAUAAAGAAUCCUACGAAGUUUAGUAAGGCUUCAAAGCUUGCCAUCCAGCUGAUUCAGGCGGGAAGUGUCAAGCCUGAAACUGGUGAUUACUUCUUUUCCGUUCUAGAAGCCGCAAUGGCAUCACCUACUUCUUGUACGGAUCCUUCUCUGCGAGCCGAUUACCAUGCACUGUUCUCAGCCGCAAAAGAUGCCUCUGAGUGUCUCAAUAAGAAGCAAAAGAAUCAAUUAACUGCAUGGAGAAUCAGGGCAGUGAUGGCAAAUGAAUUAUUUACUGAUGACAGCUUCCAGUUUUCAAAAACAGCUGCACAAGUAAAAGAAGCCAUAUCUAAUCUGCCAGUUGCAACCGAGGACAAUGACAGAGAGGAAGCAGCUGUGCUGGAAGAUGAAACAAAGAUAGCAGAUCAAGAUGAUCAAAUGGAGCAAGAUAUGGUUUCAGCUGCGCCAGCUGAAGAAAAUAAUGAGAAAGAGUCUGAUCCAUUUGGGCUUGAUGCAUUUUUAACUCCCACCCCGAUGAAGAAAGAUGAUAAAACAAAGGGGAAAAAAGAUGGAAUUACCAAGAUCAGGAAGGAGGAGGGGGAGACCAAGAGAUUCCUCCGGUCACAAAGAGAAGCCUUGGUUCUUUGUUUAGAGAUAGCUGCUCGUCGUUAUAAAACGCCAUGGUGCCAAACAGUAAUAGACAUAUUAGCAAAGCAUGCUUUUGAUAACAUCGCAAGGUUCACGUCUAAACAAAGGAAUGCCAUUGAGAAACUUUGGGCUUCGAUUCGGGAGCAACAUAAUCGACGAAAACAAGGGAAAUCAGUUACUGGGAAACUUGAUGUCAAUGCUUUUGAGUGGCUGCAGCAGAAAUAUGCUACUGAGAAGAUCAGCAUUCGGCAUUCUGUUGGAGGUAGUGGGGAUCGUAAAACUGAAAUGUGGCUUGGCUGAUAGUAUCUCUUUUUUUUGGGUACGAAUGUUGAUCAUUCUUUAGAAGGAAGAAAGGGAAGCAAAUUGUAAUUGUUUAUCUGGAAUUUGUUUCAGUGUAGAAUGUUUUCUCAUCAAUACAAAGAAUGAAUUAAUUACAUUUAGAAUA